AUGGGAAUCCUCUUCACCAGGAUAUGGAGACUGUUCAAUCACCAGGAACACAAAGUUAUCAUUGUUGGUCUGGAUAAUGCAGGGAAAACCACCAUUCUUUACCAAUUUUCUAUGAAUGAAGUUGUACAUACAUCCCCUACUAUAGGAAGUAAUGUUGAAGAAAUAGUAGUUAAUAAUACACGUUUCCUAAUGUGGGAUAUUGGCGGCCAAGAAUCUCUUCGUUCUUCAUGGAACACUUACUAUACUAACACUGAGUUUGUCAUAGUUGUUGUGGACAGUACAGACCGAGAGAGGAUUUCUGUAACUAGAGAAGAACUCUAUAAAAUGUUAGCACAUGAAGAUCUAAGAAAAGCUGGAUUGCUGAUUUUUGCUAACAAACAAGAUGUUAAAGAAUGCAUGACUGUAGCUGAAAUUUCCCAGUUUUUGAAGCUCACUUCAAUUAAAGAUCACCAGUGGCAUAUCCAGGCGUGCUGUGCUCUCACUGGUGAGGGAUUGUGCCAAGGACUUGAAUGGAUGAUGUCACGACUUAAGAUUAGAUGAUCUCUACUGACCUCUAUUUGUAGACUUUGCAUAAAUGAAGUGCUGGACUAUAAUUAACCUGAAA